AUGAAGGUUCUCAGAAGCGUGGGCGCAAAAUGCCCACAACUGGGCUUUAGUUUUAAUGUAACUGUUUCUUCUCUUCUCCUAGAUAUAUUUCAAGGAAGAAAGGCCUCAGGAAAUGACUUCUCAGUGACUGAGUUUAUCCUGCUGGGAUUAACUCAACAGCCAGAACUGCAGCUGACUCUCUUCUUCCUGUUCUUGGGGAUCUAUGUGGUCACUGUGGUGGGGAACCUGGGCUUGAUUGCUCUGAUUGGUCUGAACCCUCACCUGCACACCCCCAUGUACUACUUCCUCUUCAACCUGUCCUUCAUUGAUCUCUGCUACUCCUGUGUCAUAAGUCCCAGAAUGCUGGUGAGUUUUGUGAAAGAGAACAUCAUCUCCUAUGUUGAGUGCAUGGCUCAGCUCUUUUUCUUCUCUUUCUUUGUUAUUGAUGAGUACUGUAUCUUGACAUUGAUGGCCUAUGUCAGAUAUGUAGCCAUCUGUAAGCCCCUGCUGUACAAGAUCACCAUGUCUCCUCAGGUCUGCCUCAUGCUGACGGUGUGUGCAUAUGUCAUGGGUUUUGUGGGUGCCAUGGCUCACACUGGAUGCAUGCUGAGACUCAACUUCUGUGAUGGCAACAUCAUCAAUCAUUUCAUGUGUGAUGUAUCUCCUCUCCUCCAGCUCUCCUGCACAAGCACUUUUAUCAAUGAAUUGGUUAUUUUUAUUGUGUUGCUCAUCAACAUAACAGUGCCCAGUCUUACUCUCUUCAUUUCUUAUACCCAGAUCCUCUCCAGCAUUUUGCGUAUCCGUUCUACCAAUGCCAGGUCCAAAGCCUUCAGUACCUGCAGCUCCCACAUGAUCACUGUUUGUCUUUUCUUUGGAUCUGCAUCUUUUAUAUAUUUUAAACCUUCUCCUGCUGGGUCUCUGGCUCAAGAUAAAGUAUCCACUAUUUUUAACACCAUUGUGGGGCCAAUGAUGAAUCCUUUCAUCUAUAGUCUGAGAAAUAAAGAUGUUCAUGUUGCAUUAAGACUUUGAAGAAUAGCAUACUUUCCCGACUUGAAGCUGUCUUUGUUAUAGAUGCCAAUUCCUAGUAAAAGCACAUGAUAUGUAAAUCCAUGGAAAGAAGGGUAAGAAAUCAAGAUAAAAUGGUAAUAUUUGGAUAAGAGGGAAAUUAAUUUAAUUACAUAGAUCACUUCAUGAUUCAAGACAAUGGAUGCAGGUAGAGUAUCAGACCUUCAACCUUUCAGAGAGCCUGGAGAACUUUUCAUUCUGUUAUUCUCAGGAAAAAAUGUAGUAGAGAUAUUACUGUAAGAGGGAAAAGUUGAAUGAUGUUAACUCCAUAAAUGGUAAGACUGAAUUUUUAGACUCUGACACAUCUAGGAUUUCUGUGCAACUUUGUCAUGGAGAUAUCAACUUCUGUGAAUCUAGAUUCACGGAAAUGUGAAUUCUGUGAAAAUGUGGAUUCCUAGAUUUGAGGACAUAGUGAAGCUCUUAUAUGAACCUUAAAUGAACAGAAUAGGAGCCCCUGGAAUGGACUGGGGGGCUCCAGAGAACAUUCUAGAACUUAAGUAAGAACUAAAACUGCUCUUGCCCUACAGCUCCCCAGUGUAGAAAAGCCAUUUUCUCUGUACAUAGAGGAAAGGAAGGGACUAGCCUUAGGUACCCAUAGUCAAAAAUUGGGGCGAUGCCUUAGCCAGUGGCCUACUGUAAACAGCCAGAUUAUGUGGCAGCAGGAUAUCCAGAAUGCCUGAGGACUGUAGCUGCUACAGUUAUAGUGGUUGAAGCAAUAUCCAAAUCAACUCUUGAGGAACUAUCCCUCAUCAAGUACAGGGGGUCCUUGAUGCUAAAUGUUAUCAAUGGCUAACUAGAGGUUAACUCUUCUUCUCUUAAGAUUUAUUUGUUUAUGCAUUUGAAAGGAAGAGUGACGGGGGGAGGGAGGGACACACACACACACACACACACAGUGCAAGCACUUCUACCUACUGGUUUAUUUUCCAAAUGGCUGCAACAGCCAGGCCAAAUUGAGGAACCAGGAACUCCAUCUGGGUCUCUCACAUGGGUGGCAGGGGCCCAAGAUUUUGGGCCAUCUUUUGUUGCUUUCCCAGUUGCAUUAUUAGGAAGCUGGAUUAAAAGUGGAGAAACUAGGACUCUGACACCCUGAUUUGGAUAUUGACAUCCGAAGCAGAGGCUUAAUAACCUGCACACAAUACUGUCUUCUUGAGGUCAAUUCUUAAGCUAUCAGGCCAUGUUGUAGGACUCCUCUGAGUCCUCAAAUCCUCAAAACCUGCCAAACCUUAACUCCCAGUCAACAUUUUGCCUGAAACAGAUGGUAGGGAAUUAGCACACUCUUGCACAGAAACUAUGGAAUAGACAUACUUUAACAAACCAGGUCUAGAGGAUGAGCAAUUACUCAAUUCUGAUGCUGAAUGUUUUACUGGUAGAAACAGUUACACAUAUAAAGAAGCUGAAAGGACAUUGUUAGCCUACAGGAAGUUGUAGAGGGAAAAACCCUGCCACCCAGUUUCUUUGCCCAAAAUGUUGAACUUGCUGCUCAUAUUUGGGCUCCACAUCCAGGGAAGGGAUUGAGAUGAAAUAUGUAGGAGACUCCAAAAACACUAUUCUAAUCUUACACACCCAUGGUGCUAUCAGGAAGGAAAGAGGUCUGCCUAAUGCAAAGAGCUUCCCAACUAAAUAUCAUGAUGGAAUAUUAAAACUACCUUAGGCAGUAUUGAUGCCUGGGGAGACUGUGGUAACUCACUGUCAGGGACAUCAAAAGAGGAUACUCAGAUCAUUAAAGGAAAUAACUUAGCUGAUAGAGCUGCUAAGAUGUCAGCCUUCCAGGCCAUAGAGACUCAAGCUGUCUCAGGAGACUUACCUAUAAGUUCACAAUACUCUUCAGAAGAGGAGACAUAGGCAAAUGAAAAGGGACUUAACAAGGAUGCUGGUGGAUGAUUAAAACAUGAUGUCAAGAAUUUUUUGCCUCAAGCAGGAAAUUACUAAUAUUUAAAUAAUGCCCUUCACAUGGGAAGAGAUUCCAUGACUGUAGUGUGGCAUAGCAAUUUGUAGGAAAGAAGACCUUAGCAAUACUGUUAAAGAAGCAAAUGAGGGCUUGUGAACUAUGCUUCCAAAAUGUGCCAGGUCAUCCUCAAUUUUUCCUACUUCCACCUGAGCCAUGCAACAUCAACACACUCAUCCAGGGGAAGACUGGCAAGCGGACUUUACUCAAACACACUCUACUGGACAGUUUAAGCACAUCUAGGUCUUUAUAGAUAGCUUCACUGGAUGAUUAGAAGCCUUCCCAAGUAACACAGAAAAAGCAACAGGAGUGGCUGAAUUCUUACUAAAGCAUAUUAUUCCAUGCUUUGGGUUCCCAGAGCACCCUCCCUUCACUGCUAUGAUAAUUCAACAAAUAUCUAAAGCCUUAGGAAUUACUUGCAAGACACAUUCUUCCUACAUGCCACAAUAUCUAUGAAAACUAGAAAAGGUAAAUCAGUUUUCAAGGUCAACUAUGACAAGAAACCUCAGAAAUAGUUAAACUUAUUUCCUAAUGCCAUCUUGAAAAUAAGAACGGCUACUAAAUCAGUUCUUAAACUUGGCCCUUUUGAAAUGUUAUAUGGAAGGCUUUUUCUGUGUGAUUCAGAUACCAAUUAGACAGUUGAUCAUGUUAUCAUUUCAUGUUUAUUUUAAAAGCAAAGGUGGGAUAGGGAAUGGUUGGGUUGGAUAAGAGAGAUACAGAGAGAGACACAUGGACAGAGAUGUCCUGCUUGCUGAUUUUUUUCCCCCAAUGUUUGCAACAUUGGGGCUAGUUCAAGCUGAAACCAGGAGCUGGUAACUCAACUCUGGAUCUCCUACAUGAGUGGUAGAUACCCAAUUUCUUGGACCAUUCCAGCUGCCUCCAAGGCAGUGCAUUAGCAGGAAGCUAGUUUAGAAGUGGAGUUGGGAUUACACUCAGGCAAUCUGAUAGGAGAUGUGGAUGUAUACACAUAGUAGUUUUCCAUGAUAAAUGUAUAAGAAUGGAAAAAUGUUAGUGGUUUCCAUGUAUUAAGGGAGAAAUGGAGGCAGGAAAGAACUGAGUCUAAAAGGGCAACAUGAAAAUUUCUUGUAAUGAAAAUACUCUAUAUUUUGUUUGAACCUAUGAAAAUAAGCUGCAAUUUUCUUUAAAUUAGAAAUACUUUCUGUAGAAAUGAGCACCUGAUAGUUUAUUUUUAUUUAUAAACAAUUCCUUUACAUCAUAGAACUUUGGUCAUGACAUUAAAAUAUAUUGGCCAGUGGUACUGCAUGUUCUAGAAGGUUAAUUUAGUUUGACAUGAUCCUGCAAACCAUAAGUCCUCUUAGUUAAACACCUUUUUUCUUUUCUGCAUGAUAUAGUGUAAUAUAAAGCUUAAAUUACCACUGAUUUGGCAAGUUAGAACAUAUGGGCUUCCAUUACCUAAAAGAAGUCAGAAAUGAGUGCUUAAUGUUACGAUGUAUCUCAGUGAAAAAGAUGAAUCAUUUGCCAUACUUUGUUAUAACUGAGUUACUCUCAUGUGGCCAUCAUGAAAAAAGGAAGGGAAUGAGAUAUUUUUGCAAUGCAAAGAAAGCCCAGAAUUUCUCUACAUUCAUUCUGUAUCUGCUUCCAGGUGCCCUGGCUAUAUUGCAGAUGAAAUAAUGACUUUCAUUCUAAGCUCUAGCUUAAAUUACUGGAAUAAAACUCUUAUUGCAAUGUGAUUUGAUGUAACAUGAACUUCCAUGGAAUGUUUCUGACUCUUCUUUUUUACUUAAAUAAGAGAUCUUAAUAUUUCCAUAGAAAAUACACAUUUUAAUGAAUAACUAAGGUCUUGAUCAUUUCCAUAGAUAAAGAAAUAUCAAUCUCAUGGGAUAAUUCUCA